AGUGUAUCCGCGUAGAUGGGCUUCCACUACCCGCCGAGUGGACAUCUUCUUAAUCAAAUUUAUUGUUUCACCAUUUUUCCUGCUUGGCCGGCCGGUCAGUAUCUAAUCGGAACUUAAUAAUCCGUAGAAACUUCGAUCCUCUUGGCAGCCGUUCAUCAAUUCGCCGGCAUCGACCUGUUCCAACGCGUCGGCGGUAUUCCAGUAGUCGCAGAAUUUUGAGGUUUAGAUGAUAUCCGAAGAAGAGAAACAAGUGAAAUCGUAUCCCGAGGCGGCAACGACUUCCUCGGUUGAAUUUCAGAAUUGGAUAGAAGCGCAGGAUUUGCUGAAGAAGAAACUGAUCAAAGAGGAUGAGUUCGAAGGGGAUAGUUUGAAGUACGUCGGUGGCGUUGAUAUAAGCUUCUUAAAGGAAGAUUCAUCAGUUGCUUGCGGUACGCUCGUGGUUUUAAACCUCCAAACUCUUCAAGUUGUCUAUGAAGAUUUCUCACUUGUCACCGUUCAAGUUCCUUAUGUCCCUGGCUUUCUAGCAUUUAGAGAGGCCCCAGUUCUCUUGGAGCUUUUGGAGAGGAUGAAAAAGAGUGAUCCUCAUUUGUAUCCUCAGUUGUUGAUGGUUGAUGGAAAUGGAAUUCUCCAUCCUCGAGGUUUUGGUCUGGCCAGUCAUCUUGGCGUUCUUGCUAGUUUGCCCACCAUUGGAAUUGGAAAGAAUCUGCACCAUGUUGAUGGUCUUACCCAUUCCGGUGUUAGGCGACUCCUUUCGGAGAGCAAAAAUAAUGAUUCGGUUGUAACUUUGAGGGGUACCUCUGGAUGCAUUUGGGGUGUGGCCAUGAGAUCUACAGCUGAUUCAUUGAAGCCCAUAUACAUUUCAAUUGGUCAUCGUGUUUCACUCGAUACCGCCAUCAGGAUUGUUAAAAGCACGUGCAAGUUUCGUGUUCCAGAACCUAUUCGACAGGCUGACAUUAGGUCAAGGGAAUACCUCCGGAAAUUUCAAAUGGGAAUGUUAAAAAGAGAAACUUCAUAGUAGAGGUUUGGGCUGUAAACAAGGCACAAGAGGAAGAUAACAAAGCAUGAGCUAUUCGACACUGACACUGAGCUUGAUCCGAGCAACUUUAUGAGGUGAAGCAUAUCUUAGUUUAGAAAUUAAAUUUGUAAUUUUAACCAAUAGUGAUAUAUAUUAAACUCUAGAUAAAUAUUAUACUUAUAAAUCUUAUAUUAAAUCAAUGUAAAACUAUGUUAAAACAGAUCAUUGCUUGAAUUUUUUUUUUAUGAUAAA